AUUUUGGUGUUUUUUCUGAACAGGUUUGCUGCAGCUCUGCGAGAUAUGAAGUUGUGGGUCAUGAACAUAGUCCCAAUCGAUUCCCCAGACACCCUUCCUAUUAUUUAUGAGCGUGGGCUGUUUGGAAUGUAUCAUGAUUGGUGCGAAUCUUUCAGCACCUACCCAAGAUCAUAUGAUCUUCUCCAUGCAGAUCAUCUGUUUUCCAGAAUAAAGAAGAGAUGCAAGAUUUUACCACUAAUGGCGGAAGUAGACCGCAUGCUACGACCAGAAGGAAAGUUAAUCGUCAGGGACAACAUAGAGGUGAUCAACGAGGUGGAGAGCAUCGCAAAAUCUUUGAAUUGGGAGAUCAGAAUGUCUUUCUCAAAACAAAAUGAAGGGGUACUAUGUGUUAUGAAGACAUCAUGGCGGCCUAAGGAACUAGAUGCGAGGAGAUAGAGGCAAGCAUAUUGUGCCCAUCUCUUCACUCUUUUUGAUAGCGUAUCGUAAUGUAGUGUUGUCCAGUUUUUGUUUCCUGUGGUUCUUGUAUUACUACAAAUUCACUGCAUAAUUAUACAAAAUUUUGAAUGAGUGAUAUAUCAGUUUACUCCUGGAAA